AUGUUAGAGAAUAGCAACUAUACAAUUACUUCAUUAAAUACUGGUGCAUUUAAACGUACAAAACAACAUGAUGGUAUGACAAUAAAUCAUCCAUUUAUUUCACCACCUUCAACAACAUCAUCAUCAAUUGCACCUCUUAAUCAUCAACAACUUAUUCAAUCACAUGAACAACAUCAACAAACCCAACAACGUAAUCAUACAUCAGCUCGUCGACGACAUCGAACUACAUUUACACAAGAACAACUUAUUGAGCUUGAAUCAUCAUUUUCUAAAGGUCAUUAUCCUGAUAUAUAUUUACGUGAAGAAUUAGCACGUACAACAAAAUUAAAUGAAGCUCGUAUACAGGUAAUUAUUUAUUAGUAUAUACAUAAAAAAAAAGAAGUCAAGUUCAAAUUAUAUUUUUUUCUUUUUUUUUUUAAAUUUUCUAUUUAUUAUUUCCCUUGAGGCUGAGAUGAAAAUUGUGUGCGUGUGCACAUUCGGAUUCCAUUUACACUGAUUUUCCACUCAAAUCACAUGCCGUCUGUUAUGGUAACACGGUUCAUUUGAUGGUACUAUUUGUCAGAUUGGAUGUAGCUUGUUCACACAUUGAAUGCGCGUUUUAUCUUUAUUUCUCUCUCUCGUUCAUUC